AUCAUCAUCAUCAUAAAUAUUGUGUGUGUGUGAUUAAUGUGAUUUCGUGUCUUUAAUUUAAAUAAAAUUCACUGAAUUUUGGCUAUUUGUCACAUACAAAUUUUUUAUCAUCAUCAUCAACAACAACAAUGAUGCUUCCACCAAAAAAAUUUUCUACACAAACCAUAAAACACACGAAUCCAUUUUCAAUAUCAAGUAUAAUUGCAUCGAAUGAUAAUGAUCAUCAUCAUCAUCAUGAUAAAAAUGGUUCACCAAUAAAUUAUUGUAACAACCAUGAUAAGGAUGAUGAAACAACAAAUGGAUCAAAUCAUCAGAAUCAAUCAUCAUCACCGCCACCAAUGGAAUUGGUUAAAAUGACCAAUAAUAAUGGAGAUAAAGAAAAUGAAGAUGAAGAAAAACAAAGUAAACACGGUGAUGGUGAUGAUGAUGAACAAAUCGAUAACAAUGUCGAUGAUGAUGACGAUGAUCGAAAAUCUAAAAAUUCAAAUGAUGUUAAUCAAUCGGAGAAAAAUGUAAAGAAAAUAAACAAUGAUGAUGAGACGGAAGAAAAAUCGAAAGAGAAUGAUGGAAAAAAUGAAAAUAAAAAAUCAUCCGGUGAUAAUGGCCAACAACAACAACAACAAAAACAUAGUUCAAAAAAGAAGAAAAAAUAUGAAAAACCACCAUUUAGUUAUAAUGCAUUGAUCAUGAUGGCCAUUAGACAAAGUAAAGAGAAACGUCUCACAUUGAAUGGUAUUUAUGAAUUUAUAAUGAAAAAUUUUCCAUAUUAUCGUGAUAAUAAACAAGGAUGGCAAAAUUCUAUACGUCAUAAUCUGAGCCUGAAUAAAUGUUUCGUAAAAGUUCCAAGACAUUAUGAUGAUCCUGGUAAAGGAAAUUAUUGGAUGUUGGAUCCAUCUAGUGAUGAUGUUUUUAUUGGCGGUACAACCGGAAAACUUCGCCGUCGUAAUACAUCGACAUCACGUAAUCGUUUAGCGGCAGCAUUUCGUCGUUCAGUUGUUGCAGCAAAUGCAGCUGCCGCUGCUAAUUCUUUAUAUCCAUUUGUUACGGCCAAUGGACAUCAUCCACAUCACCCUCUUCAUCCUCAUCAUCAUCAUCCACAUUCACAUCAUCAUCAUCCGGCAUCCAUGUUUCAUAAUUCUGCUUCCGCCGCCGCUGCUGCUGCUUCUGCCACACAUUCAAAUACAAUAUUACCAAAUUGGUUCUGUAAUCCAUACAAUAUGGCUGCAGCUGCGGCUGCUGCUCAUCAUCAUCAACAGAAUUCAUUACGAACUGGUUUUGUUCAUCCACAUCCUCCUAACACGUCGCUACAUCAUGCAACACAUCAUCCAUUAUUUAAAAAUCUAUUACCACCACCAACCGCUAAUGCUUCGAAUCAACCAAUUAUUCCAGCAUCAUUCAAUAUUGAUCGAUUAUCAACCUCAUCAUCUUCAACAACCUCAUCAUCAUCAUUAUCUACGUCAACUUCAACAAGAUCAUCACCAUUAUCAUUGAUUGAACGAACACCAACGAUUGCUGCUCAACAACCACCACCACCGCCGCCAACAAAUUCAACACUAAAUCAUCGCCAAACAUCACCCAUAUUAGGUUCAACAUUAUUCAACAAUCCAUAUAGUUUAUUCAAUCAACAAGCAGCUAAUAAUUAUAACCAUUUAUUACAAGAAAUGUAUGAAUUACACGGAUUACAAGCAUUGAAAACAUUGGCCGCUGCAUCAACAAAUCCAUCAUCAUCACAAUCAUCAACAAUAUCACCCAUUCCAUUAACCGGUAAUUCAUCACAACAACAACAACAA